ACAGGAUUACAGAAUCCCCACGUUUCUGCUGCUAUUUUCUUGUCCAGCUUCUCCUCGUUCCGGAGAUCCUCUGUCUCACCGCGGCAGCUUGAGGCUUGAGCCGGAAACCCUAAAUUCUCUGCUCUCCAAUUCCUUCCGCGAUGGAUUUCCGCGACGUUGUGAAGCUUAAUCUUUUAUUCUUGAUGUCCUUCCUCUGCCUUCAAGCCAGGGUGGAGAGUAGCCGUUCGGUCUUCUUUCUUGAUGGCUCUCCUCAAAGAUAUAUUCGGAAUCGGCCAGUGGAUGCUGCAGACGACACCAAUUCAAUGUCAUUAUACGAAGUUGUGGCAGCCAUAUCAGUCUUGCUUGGUUUUGCACCACCUUCCUCACUUCCUGCUGAUUCUUCAUAUAAGCUAAAUGAGGUGCUAGCUCCCAAUCCAUUUGACAGGCCUCAUGCUGUUAUGAUUCUAGAAGUUAGGGGAGUUGAGGAGCAACUUCUGUCUGCUGACUACUUAAACACCCAAGUGGGUAGUGUCUUCAAAAGUAGGGUUAUUGGUUCAAGUAAAGCCGAAAUUCCACUUCCAGGUGAGGAUGAAGUUUCUGUUGUUCCUUUGGAUGAACCUUUAAAUGUUGAGUGUAAUGCUGCUUGUGUUGAUAAGGAGAUCAGCAAUCUUGCACACUGGCUGGGGGGAUCCCUAGAUGGUGAAUUGAGUGUUCCUUUGCCAAGUGGUAACACUUUAAAGCUGGAUCUUUUGAAGAAAGCAGACUUGUAUUAUGCAUCUAGUCUUGUAUCCCUGUUUAGAAGUAUCAAGAAAGCAGCGGAGAUUCAUGAAGAUUUGGCUGGUAGCAGCAUGAGCCCUGCAGAAUUAUUGAUAGGUCAUUUCACAGGCGUUGAGGUUCUGGAAGAGGAAUAUGGUCCAGGAGACAUUACUCAGCAUGCAGUAGAGUUGUUCCAGACAAUUCUUGCCAAGUUGUUUGAUUUGCUACAAACAUCUUACAAGGGGAAAAUCGUUGGAGUUAUCGUGUCAAAUGAGGAGCCCUCUUCCCACUCAGGAGCGAUGUUAGAUGUGACAUUUUCAGCACGAGUUUCACGAUGGUUAAAAGAAGUACAAGCAACUAAUGAAACCUCUUCAGAGGUGUUACUGGUCAGGCGAAGUUUGGCCUGGAUAACUGGAGUGAUCCUUCUUGUGUCAACUAUUAUAGGGGUCUACCUUCUACUGAACAUGCCACUUACGAGGGAUACCCUUCUCUAUUCGAAUGUCAAGCUUGAUUGAUUCCUAUAAGCGGACUAGAGCUCUGGAAGCAGCUAGCGACAGUUUUUUGGGCCAUGCUGUGAUCGAGGGCCUCCAUAGACUUGUCCUUGGUUUGGCCGUGGAAAAAUAGACAAUCAUUAUCCUAUUGCGAAUCCCACUCUUAUUUAUCUGUUAAUGCACCACUGAGUCGAAUGCUUUGAGUCGCUGUAUUCUGUUAGUGGGAGUUUUUUUCUGAGAUUCCGAGUAUUUGGAGCACUUACAGCUACUGUUGCCUCAGUUCUGUAAGCAUGCUGCCAUUUGUAUUUUUCUUGAUAAUAAAUUUUCAGGAAAUUAUCAUGGAUGAUGGAACUCUGAGAAUUUUAUGACCAGAUUGCUUUUGAUAAUACUGAUUGGAUUAUAGUUCUGAA